AGGCAGGGCAUUGACAGUCAUCGGAGCCCCGACCGGCAUCCACUUAUAAGUCUUAUUGCCUACCCAGGAAGGGGGAAGUGGGCUCGGAUUCCGACGCGGCGUGUUAAUCCCUUAGGGAUUUUUUGCCCACAGUCCACACUGUCCACUAACAACGUGGACAUACCGCCAUUUCGGCCAGCCUCCUCCCUGGUCCCAGACAGACCACCUGCCCGCCUGCCAACAGAACAGGACCGACCUCCCGUGCCGAUAGUCCUACAGCACGUACUAGGUUCAAGGUUCCCAGCUCCAAACGGUAGCCGCACGCAGCCACCUCACGCACCGCUCCUCGCCUCGACCUCUUCACUAUGUCCUCCCCGUUUCCUCCCAGUCCCAACUCUUCGUUCCUCGAACAGACCGUGUCCGUCGUGAGCAGCGUCGCAGGCUACAUGCGCCUGCCGGCUAUUGCCUCAACUGGGUUCGCUGCUCUCGUCACAUCUCUGCUCUACUUCAAACAAAAAGCCUUGAUCUAUCCCUCUUCCGUCCCGGCGAACGCCCGAACCGACAUCCCCCGUCCUAGCCAGUUCAACUUCCGCGACUAUGAGGAGCUCAUCAUCCCGACCAACGAUGGCGAGAAGCUCUCGGCCUUUUACAUCCGCGGCCGGCGUCGGGGCCCCAACUCCAACGUAACGGUACUCAUGUUCCACGGCAACGCUGGAAACAUUGGCCACCGCCUGCCCAUCGCCCGCAUGCUGAUCUCGAUGACGGGCUGCAACGUCUUUAUGCUUGAGUACCGUGGCUACGGCAUCUCGACGGGCCAGCCCGACGAGACGGGCCUUAACAUUGAUGCCCAGACGGCCCUGGACUACCUCUCUGACCGCACCGAGACGCGGGACCAUGUGCUAUUCGUCUACGGCCAGAGCCUGGGCGGUGCCGUCGCCGUCCGCCUCGUGGCCAAGAACCAGAAUAACCCCAACUACAACAUCGGCGGCUUGAUUCUCGAGAACACGUUUCUGAGCAUGCGGAAGCUGAUACCCAGCAUUAUCCCGCCCGCCAAGUACUUUGCUCUGCUGUGCCACCAGGUCUGGCCCAGCGAGAGCUUGAUCCCCUCCGUCAAGGUCCCCACCCUGUUCCUGAGCGGGCUGCAGGACGAGAUCGUACCACCCAUCCAUAUGAAGCGCCUCUUUGAUCUGUCCAAGGCCCCAGUCAAAAUCUGGAAGCCUUUCCCCGGCGGAGACCACAACUCCAGCGUCAUUGAGGAGGGCUACUUUGAGGCGAUUAACGAUUUCAUGACCAGAGCCACGAGCGAUGAUCCCGUAGAGAAGAUUUGAACGUGUUUGUUUUCUUACCGUCUCCCGGAGCCUAGGUUGAUGCUCUAGCACGGUUCUGCCUGUUUACGGAAGACACACGUGUGUUGGAAGACGGCGGCUGCUUUUUAUUUUCUUCCUAUAUAAUAUUGAUACCCCCGAUUAUUCUAGUUGGCCUAGCCAUCUUACAUGGAUAUUAGGACAGACAACGGAGACUUCUUUACAUUCUCUUCUCUGCUCUGUCUGUUUUCCAAAGUUGUGCAUGCACACACAGUCACGCACGUCAUCUAAGCCAAGU